AUGGGAGAAGACUCCACUGGGAUCAGCUCUUCAAGCAGUGAAGAAAACUGGGCCUUAUCAGUGGGCUCUGAGAAGCUGAACACAGGGGAAUCCCCCAAUCUCAUUGCUGUAAACCCUACUGUAACUAGUCUUACCAGAAACAGCGAUGGAGAGGAUCCACCGCCGGAUGGAGGCUGGAAGGCAUGGCUAAGCGCACUUUGCGGCCAUUUUCUCUUCAUGAAUACGUGGGGUUUCAUUAACAGCUUUGGUGUAUUCCAGACCUAUUACACUACACUUCUGGACAGGCCACCUUCCGAUAUCUCAUGGAUUGGCUCGAUUCAAGUCUUUCUGAGCUUUUUUGUUGGCGCCUUCAUUGGCCGCUUCACAGAUGGCGGAUUUUUACGCCCCGUUUUGGUCUGUGGCAUGCUCAUGGUAACGCUUGGUAUCUUUACUGCUUCAAUUUCUACCCAAUAUUGGCAUUUGGUUCUUUCGCAAGGCAUUUGCUGCGGUCUCGGCAGUGGUUGUCUGGUCACACCAGCGGUAUCCGUAGUUUCUACAUACUUUGAGAAGAAGCGAUCACUCGCCAUCGGUUUCGCCACGUGUGGCUCUGUCACAGGGGGCCUCGUCUUUUCUGCAAUGGCCAGACAGCUUAUACCCUCCACUGGCAUUGGUUGGGCAUUGCGAGGCAUCGGUUUUGUGCAGGUGGCCACCUUACUCUUUGUGACUACCUUCAUGAGGUCACGAUUGCCACCACGCAAGGCCGGCAGACUCGUGGAAUGGGUUGCAUUUAAAGAGCUUGAGUAUGCCUUCUUCACCGCUGGCAUGUUUUUCAACUUCUGGGCGGUGUUCUUCGGCUUUUACUACCUCGCCUCUUACAGCCGCGACAUCAUCACUCCUCACUUCUCCUAUAUCGACUCCCUCAAUAUCCUUCUGAUCCUUAAUGGUGUUGGUAUACUAGGCCGCAUGAUACCAAACCAUUUCGCCGACACGGUGGGACCGCUCAAUAUGAUGAUCCCGACCUGUGUCAUUGCCGGCAUUGCGCUGUUCUCGUGGUUCGCCGUCCGCACACCAGGUCAACUCUACGCGUGGGCGGUCGUGUAUGGCAUCGUUGCGGGUGGGAUUCUGAGCCUGUUCCCGGCAGGACUAUCGAGUCUGACUACCGACUUAUCGAAGCGCGGCGCACGCAUCGGGAUGAACUUUACAGUUGUCAGUUUUGCAACGCUAACGGGGAACCCGAUCGCCGGGGCAAUUAUUUCGGCCACAGGGGGCAGCUACCUUGGGGCUCAGAUACUCAUGGGUACAAACUUUCUGCUUGGGGGGGCGUUUAUCUUUGCUGCGAGACUGACUCGGCAGCGAAGGACAAAGAGUGGAUGGUGGAUUAAAAUAUAG